AUGAACUGGUGCCUAGGGCGGAAUGGCAUCGAAUCUUUCGCGAGAAUUUUUUCGAAUUGGUCAAUUUGUGGACUCAGCACUCUGACGGUGCGGGCUACCUUAUGCAUUUUCAGAAACUUUGCAUUUGCUUCCCCGUUAAUAAAUAUAAUUCGUAGAAGUCACCCACCCGUUGCUGCUCCUCCGCGUACUCGUCCUACUUACAUAAAAUAUUGAUAUCAAUAUUUUGUUUUUUGAUCAUUCGCUUACGCUUUCUCAUCUUGUCGCUGUACGAUAACACUAGACUCAUCUAAACUUGUUCACACUACUAUUUUGGCUACCUCCUACGCCCUUCUAAUCUUGUCUGGACCUACGAGCAUUUUCGAUGGAUCUGGUUGCAGCACCACGCUACGAGGCUAUACGACCUUCAAGAUGCAUACAAAGAGG